UCUUUAAGGUUCUCUUAUUUAUGAGCUGCGAGGAAAGUGCUGGGAGACACAUUUGUCUUAAUGAGGCCAGACCUCUGCUCUGGUCCUCCACCUAAUGUUUACUUUGGAGUUAACUGCAGCAGGAACCUGGGAGCAACAAACCAUCGGAAAAGUGGUCCUCCGUUCCUUCAUUUUACUUUACAACAGGGCCAAAACAGAAUUUGAGCUCCAUUUGGUUUUCUUAGUUAAAGAGAAGACAACGAAAGUCAAAGCCAUAGAGACAAAAAUCUGAAGGAGCUGAAGGCAUUCUUAAUAAUGGACCUAAAAAAUGGACUUUCUUUUUGGUGGCAUCUUUAAGCAAGUCUUCUACAAGUAGACGGGAUCCAUUAAAAGCCACACACUCUCAGUUACCCAACACCCAGCUGUAUAAAUUUUGCAGCUUAAAGGAGAUAGAAAAUUCUCCUUGGGGACGCUUUUGCCCUGGAGGUAUUUUCGUUCCCAAUGGAGCACAACAUUCCCAGCUCUUUCCUGUUUAACAACUCUUUAAACCAGCUACCCCCUGACAUCAAGACUCCCAUGUGUCAGUAUUCUGUGCAGAACACUUUCUACAAGCUACAUCCUUCUGGUGGACUCAAUGCCCAGCUCCAGGCUGGCACUCCUCAUGGGAUCAGUGACAUUCUCAGCCGGCCAGUGGUGGGUACCCCAAACAGUACCCUUCUCUCUGGCUACUCCCACGUAGGAGGUUUCACUGGGGUCACCCCUUCUGCUGUCUACUAUAACCGGGAUUAUACCCCUCCUAUUGCGGGCUAUGCCAAACCCGGCGGAGAAUUUGCACCCAAGGCAAGGACAGGAAGUUGCUGGAAUGAGACAGGCUGUGACUGGAGGGCUAAUCGGCAGCACUGCUCCAACAACACAGUGCAUGUGUCCGAAUUGUCAGGACGCAAGAAGCACACCAGGCCCACGUUUAGUGGACACCAGAUCUUUGCCUUGGAGAAGACUUUUGAACAGACCAAAUACCUUGCUGGACCAGAACGGGCCAGACUGGCAUAUUCAUUAGGAAUGACUGAGUCACAGGUUAAGGUGUGGUUUCAGAACCGCAGGACGAAAUGGCGGAAGAAGAGUGCAUCAGAGCCUAGCUCCACUCAGCAAACUGGGCUGGAGCCAACAGUAUCGGAGCCCGAGGUGGAGGACGACGAAUACAACAAACCGCUGGACCCGGAUUCAGACGACGAGAAGAUCCGCUUGCUGCUGCGCAAACACCGGGGCGCAUUCUCCGUGUUGCGACUUGGCGCGCACCACCACCUAUAGAAGCCUGCGCGUGCGCCCGCCCGCGGACUUCGUCAGACAGGCAGAGAAGACGACGAGGUUGC